UCAGUCAGACGCGCGUAACGAUGUUUUGAUUGCAUUCGCAAAGAUUUGUAAACUAGUCAUUAUUAUUAUUAUUAACUAUUUUUAAUCUUGUGUGUAGGUACAGUGAGGGACGAGUCUUUCUGUUUGUAAAAGACAGAUAAAUAAUUAUUUAGCAAAAUGUGCACAGUAAAGUAUUUCGUUGCGUGUUUGUUCAUUGGUAUUAUUGCUGCUCAAAAUGGACUGCUUAAGGAUAAAGACGCUAUUGGAUUCCCGGAGCAAGAGGAAAAUCAAAAGGCGCAGAAUAAAGAGAACCGCCAGCCAGUGUACCUGCCGUCAACUUGCCCGGAGAACGAACUCUAUUACCCUGGAGACCAGAAAGACGACUGGAUUUGCGACUGUCGACCAGCCAACAUUUAUCAUCCAGCAUCAGACAAGUGCUGGCCAGCGUUCCGCAAAGGUCCGUGUAAGGAAGGAUUCUACCUUGUUCUACCGCCUAAUUCAGUACUCCCUGUCUGCGAAAUCAACGUUUGCUACGUUGACGAUUACGUCAUAUGGUUUAAUAAAUGCGAGAAACUGGGUUCAACGAAACCAUGCGAGCAUAUGUUUCCAACGUCAGCGGCUUUGGGAGUCAACGCAACCACGAUGGUCGUAAGCUGUGUGCGACAAGGCCUUUCCUUCGAAAACAGGUUUGGCGAUGAUGACGAUGAUGUGAAAAAUGGCACUACUACACCAAAAGUGCCUGAAAUUCUUUGCCCGCCAGGAAGCAAAAGAAGCUACAACGGAAUAUGCGUUGCUGAAAGACUACAAUAGUAUUAGUCGUUUUGUUUUCUUGACUCACAACAGUUAAAUAAGUGAUCAAGAUACUAUUUGUACAACUUUCAUGAAUGAAAUAUAUCUAAAUAGUUAUUGAAUUUAUUUUUAAUUGCAACUGGAAAUAUGUUCCGUGGCAUUACAGAAAGUUUUACGAGGUAAAAAUCUGAUCAAUAUAUUGCUUCAUUAACGAACAAUCAAAGAAUGCACCCCUUGAAAUUAAUCCAAAAUGUAACCUUGUGCCGUAUGGCACCAACAAGGGAGUUAGCAACCAAGCGAGCGUCAUUCUGGUAACCAUGACAACUACACGUCUAAAAACCACAAUAUUAUAAGCGUUUAUUUACCAAUUACUGAACAUGAGAGCGGACGGCCGCGCCUGUCAAUAUUCCUGUCGAUAAAAAUCACAUUAAAUAAAGAAUAUUGUCAUUAUGAGAGUCUCCAUUUUGAAUUGAAUUUCAUGUGGAUACAACAUGCGACAUGAGCAUAGAAGGUUAAGGUUAACAGACUGAAAAAAUUGUGUGUGUUUAGAAAAAAAUCUUCUUGAUUAAGGGUGUUGAUUCAAUGUGGUAAGUCUGGUUACUAUUUUUCCGAGAUAUUUAACUAUUCUAAAAGUAGAACAAAAUGUAAUAAAAGAUAAAUACAAGAAAACAGAGUGCCUACUUAAAUACUCCUUAUAAAUAGAAAAUAAAAU